GAUGUUGCAUCAGAUUAUCGUGUUUACUUGUCUUAUUGCUAGAUAAAUAAUUGCUGACACCAAAACAAAGGAAACUAGGAGAAGACUUUUUUCGUAUCUGUUCCAGCCCUGCCAAUAUAAAUGAAGGGGCUCCAGAUGGCAACUGCGGUUAACAACACACAGGCACCAAACUAGCCAGAGCCAUACGCCCCAAAUCACCGAUUCACCACCGAUGGCUACCGCUGACAAGGAGCAGCUCAUCACCAUCCCCAUGGUCGACGCGGACGAAGCACACACGCUAGUGAGCUCCGGUUAUGGCUACCUCGAUGUGAGGAUGUCCGAGGACUUCGACAAGGGGCAUGCCACCGGCGCUCAGAACAUUCCCUACUACGUCUACGUGGCUCCCCAGGGGAGGGAGAAGAAUCCACACUUCGAAGAAGAGGUAGCUGCUCUCUAUGGGAAGGAAAGCCACUUGAUUGUGGGAUUCAAGAACGUGAGGAAUCUUCAAGGCGGCUACCGUGCCUUUCUCCAAAGUGCAACUCAGCAACCCACCAAUGAUGAACAGCCAUCUGUUAAUUGAGCUAUCCAGAGUUCCAAUUUGUGAUCAUCAUAUACAAUUUAAGUGGAAUAAAUUAGUUGCUUUUCUGCGUUCUUCUUGUUGUCCAUGUAAAGCCACCAAAGUGGUUCGAAUUUACAAGUGUAUGUGAGUUCAAGGAACAUGAUGUAAUAAAUCGACAAGGUGCUCAAAUCGACAAGGAAUUUCUAUAUCA